AUGAAUGCGCUCAAUGGUAAUCAGAGCCUUCACUGCAUAUUUUCGAGAGCUGGUGGUUUGAAUGACUGGGAACAACUUAUCAACCAAGUUUCGAGAGCAGCAGUUAAUGUAUCAACGGGUCUGGAGUCGGUAGCCCCUUCUCCUGUACAAUGUAGGGAUCCACAAGCACAUUGUGUGGCAGUGUGGACAGUACGCAAUAAUGAGAUCGAAAUGCUGCUACAAGACUCUCGGAUUACGAUAUUGAUAUGGACUUCGUCUUUGCUCAGCGUAGUGAUUUUCCUAUUAGCUGCAAGUCGAUGCUAUCGAACGCGACGACGAAAACAGCAUGAAUUGCCAGAAGAAGUCCAACAACCAUUUAAUACCGGCGAAGCAGUAUCGCCAUGGUCUUCGCAGUUCGACCGUGAUUGCUCAGAAACACCGGAGGAGGAACCUCUACUCGAAAAUCAGGACCCGUUUUUUGCAUCCCUACAACUUGUAGAGCGGAUCGGCGGUGGACAUUUUGCUGAUGUCUAUCGGGCAUCAUCCAGUAUGGGUGAUGUGGCUGUGAAAGCGUAUCAUUCGGACCAAAUGGUUUUCGAAAAUGAGUAUGGAAACCUUACACUUUUGCAGUCACUAGAAAAUCCAAAUAUUAUACAAAUGAUACAUGCAGUGAUUGCCAAAAAGCAACUAGUGCUUCAGUUAUACUCUGGCUCUUUACAUUCACUUCUCGAGGAAUGUUCGCUGGAUCUGACCGAGUUCUUCGACUGCGCCAUCGCUGUCAACGACGGACUCGCAUUCCUACAUUCACACACUAAUGCUGGAGUUUCAAAACCGGUGAUAGCACAUCGUGACCUCAAUCCGUACAACAUUCUAUACAUCCGUCAGAGUUCUUCACGCAUACAACUCUAUAUUGCCGAUUUCGGACUUUCACGAGGUACCGUACGCUAUAUGGCUGGUGAACUCCUCGAAGGAUCGGUGAAUCUACUGGAUCCGAUGACAUCAUUGCUUCAAACUGACGUCUAUUCAUGUGCGCUAGUGUUAUGGGAGCUUCUUUGGCGAUGCAGAGAUAUUUGGCCAGAUGGCGAAAUUCCGUCGCAUCGAAUCGCUUUUGACAAUCUGGUACCCCGUAAUCCGCGUUUGGAGCACAUGUAUCCUGUGGUGGUCCGUGAACGACGGCGGCCUGACAUACCAACUCCAAUUCAAAAGCAGAAGACGGCCUGGUUGAGCUAUGGUCGUGCAUUACCGAUAUGUGGGAGCAGGAACCUGAAGGACGAACGACAGCUGCCUGUUCUGCCGAUCGACUAA